UUUAUUUUAUUUUUUAUAUAACUGCAGCCUUGGUUCACCCUGAUAGCCAGUCACUGGGCUUCCUCUCUAUGACACAGUGUGAGGCUCUUAGUUGUAUUGAAGUAACAAGAGGAGAAUAUCUUCUAGUGUUCAACCUUCUGGCUGUUUACGUUGAUGCCUCGGGUCGCAAGAGUCGCGAGAAGGAGUUAAUGUACCCUGCUAUACCUACAGCUGUCGCUGUGUGUGAUGGGCUUUUACUUGUGUAUAGUGAUAUCCAUAUAGAUGUUUUUGAGGUGCUGUCUGGAGACUGGGUUCAGACUAUUAACCUUAAGCGCACCAAGCCUUUAAUGCAUACUGGGAUCCUCAACAUGGUUAUGAUUAGCGACCUGCCACAUGUGGCCUACCUCAGGAACUUGCACAAAGAGGAAAUUGUAAGAACGGGUUUAGAUAGCAAUGGUCGGCCAAAGUCGAGAAGAAAAUUUUCACUUCGGGAAAACAGUAAAGCCACUCGCACGUAAGUAUUUUCUUAUGUAAGCAGAAG